AUGCCCAAGGGACCGCUGGAAACCCUGUCCAUCGUGUCCCACAAUACCUGUACUAACGGCGCCUGCCUAAUGCGUCGUGAUGGAGAGACGAGAGAGGGCAAAAGAGCCACUGAGAUCUGCCAAGGCACGAUAAAGCACGCUAAACAGAAAAGGGCAAGGGAAAUGAAAAAUGCAGGAAAGGGGAACCGGGAAUACAGAAUAGGGGCGAGACAGUCAGACCGUCUGCAGGUUGUCUCGGUUAUCAUCAGUGGCUGGCGUCGCUGCGAGGGCCUGAAGCGUCUGCCCGCCAACCACCACCAGCUUUGCCGUUGCCGAAUGCAUACGCAGUUUCGUACAUUUCGCAUUCCAGUUACAACACGACCGGAGGCAUUCGCAGCCUCCGUGCAGUUACCACAGGCGACGGUCACCCAUGGAUCCAUUUCCGACGAAGUAACUUGUGGUUUUACAGAGUACAGAGUAAUUCGUCGUUUUCACCUUGCCUUUGCCGUCGACACCGUACGGUGCCCGCCACAAAGGCCAUCGCGCAGGUCAGCGACUCUUCGUCUUGGCAAGCAUGCCAUUGACGUCGUGCGCCUGCAGAUUGGAGGGGCGGAGGGGGGCGGUGACGGGACUGACAAGGGCAGCAGAGGAAAGGGGACGGCCAAGGCAUAA